ACUGUUAAUGCCAUUGUAGAAUUAUCCCGAUUUAAACUUGGUACAAUAGCCAAUAAUCUUACACAGCUUUUGGAUGAUGUUUCGCAGACAACGACUAUAAUAUCUGAUAUCCCCACGGAAGUCUUACAAUCCCAAUUAUUUAUUCUAAAAAUCUUAUCUGCUUGUACUACUCACCAUUGGAAAUUUUACCGAGGAACUUUACAAAAAGAAGUGGAUACAUUGCCAAAAAACUCUCCAGAAAUUUCCCCAACCUCUCCAACUGUACAUAAUGAAAUUCCACCCGUAACUAAUGAUCAACAACCCGCUCCUCUUACCUCUAAUUAUAAUGGCAAUGCAAAAAGCUUCAGACCCCCAAAAUCUUGGGAUGAUCCGCCACAGCUAGAAGAAGCUUUGGCAACUUACAUUUUAAACGUUUUAUCUAAAUUUCUUAUUUUAAUGGCUAGUCACGAUGAUGGUAUCCCAGGUGGUGGGGCCACGAUUGUUGGUGCUGCUGAAAUUAUUAGUGAGAUUUAUAAAAACGCUGGGAGGGUUAUUUUUUAUAUCAGCGCUUCAAAUUGGAAUGUGGUUUUUUCGAGAAUUAAAAAUAGAAUUUCCCAUUUAGCUGCUGCUAAUGAUAAUACGACUGAAGCUGCUGAGUUGAGAUUGUUGGAAGUCUCUGAUCUUAAUUCAAAAAGAUUAUCUAUGGUACUACAAGUUGUAAUGGCUACUGUACUUCGUAAAGCUAUUUGGAACUGGAUCGAAGUAUUCCCUGCUGAAUUU